AUGGCAUUUGGAGUUCCUAUGAUAUGGCGGGAACAAAGCGAUCACUUAACAAAUUGUUAUUUCUGUUUGGCAAAGAUCAGUGGAGUUAAACACAAGAAUCGUUUAUGCGUUGAAUACCCAAACGUUCUGUCGGCUUCAAAACCAUUUCCACAUGAUUCUGUGGCUUACCCAAUACCACAAACGCCUGCAUCAUCUACAAUUGAUGAAGAUAUACAUGAAAAAAGUGAUAUUUCGUUCUCUGCAAGGGAUUCAGACUCUGACUACAAUGCUGCCACAGAAGAACAUCAUUUGAUUAAUUAUGCUGAACUUUGUGAUCUUUUAAGAGAUUUAGCACUGACAAAAGCGCAAGCAGAGCUGUUUGGUUCACGUUUGAAGGAAUUUAACUUACUUGCACUUGGUACAGCAGCAGCGAAUUUUCGUCACAGGCAUAAAAUUCUUGUUCAAUACUUUGAAAUGAGUGAUAAUAUUUGCUACUGUACAGAUGUGGAUGGUCUUAUGUCGAGUCUUGGGAUUAAGCAUAUUGUUGAAGAAUGGCGACUGUUCAUCGACUCGUCAAAAACUAGUUUGAAGGCAGUAUUGUUGCACAACGGAAAUAGGUAUGCAUCAAUACCAGUAGAUUAUUCUACUCAUAUGAAAGAAACCUACAAAAACCUGUCAUCACUUCUGCCAAAAAUAUGUUAUCUUGAAUACAAUUGGAGUAUAUGCUGUGACGUAGAAGUAGCAGCUAUUCUGACAGCAGAGAUAGGAUGCAGCAUUACGUUAAGAAGAAUUGGCCAAUCAGAAACAGAACAGCCAGGAAAUAAAAAUGUUCAACAUCCACCGUUGGUUGACCGUGACAAAAUUCUUAUGCCACCACCUCCUUUAAAGUUGGGACUUUUGAAAAAUUUUGUAAAGAAAUUAGACUGCGACAGUGAUGCAUUUCAGUGCCUGCGCAACAAGUUCCCAGGAUUGAGUUAUGCAAAGAUGAAAGAAGGUGUAUUCAUAGGCCCACAAAAAAGAGAAAUGAUGGCUGAUGAACACUUCGAAGACAUUCAUAGUUUAACUGAAAAAGAGGCUGCCAAUUUCGUGGAUAUUGUACAAAAAUGCAUUAGUGCCUUCAAAGAUCUUGGCUGCAGUAUGUCUCUGAAAAUACAUUUACUCGUCUCCCAUCUAGACUUCUUUCCAGAAAAUCUAGGUGCAGUCAGUGACGAACACGGCGAGCGCUUCCACCAGGAUAUUUCAGUGAUGGAGUCACGCUAUCAGGGUCGAUGGAGUGCAGCGAUGUUGGCAGACUAUAGUUGGACCCUUCAACGUGGUUUAUCAACUCAUCAAUACAAGAGAAAGUCCACAGUCAAGAAAUUUUCACCAUGA